UUAUGCUGGUCUACAGUCUGCUGUUUCUGGUGGGUUUACUCCUCAAUGGCUUCAUCCUAAAGUUUUACAUUUCUCAAACUCAGCAGCAGGCAUCCAGAAGCUUGAUGGUCUACCUGCAGAACCUGACAGCUGCUGACUUCCUGCUCUGCCUCUGUCUGCCACUGCGGAUAAUCCACUAUGCCAGCAACUCGGCCAUUUUGCACAUACUCCACUGCAGCAUUGGAGCUACUUCCCUGUACCUCAACAUGUACACCAGCAUCCUUUUCAUGGGGUACAUCGCUGUUAACAGGUAUCUGACAAUCAUCCAUCCUUCAGGAACUCACAUCCUGCAGACAGUACGAACUGCCCACAUCGUCUCCACGGUCACCUGGGUUUUUCUCCUGGCUCCAACAAUCGCCUACAACAUCAUGUUUUUCAUUACUCACAAACCUUUCACCUCUGACCGCUGCUACUGUGGGCCCCUCUUCAGUACGUCAUUCAGCAUCCUUCAUAAAGCAUUCCAAAUCAGCUGCACCAUCAUCUUCCUCUUAGUCUUCAUAUGCCUGGUCUUCUUCUACUACAGCAUCUCCCGCAGGGUGUUGCAGGCCCAGCAGAGGCAGCUGGCCUCCUCUGGCUCUGAGAAGCUGGUGAAGUCUCGCAGGAACAUGUUGGUGCUGGUCAGCAUCUUCUGUGUUUGCUUUGUCCCCUACCACCUGGCUCGUCUUCCCUAUGCUUUUCUGUGGGACACCAACACUGUGGGCCGGCUAUUGUACUACCUGAAGGAGGCUGCCGCCAUGGUGUCAGUUUUCAACGUCUGCCUGGACCCACUUGUUUACUUUUACCUCUGUAAGACUUUUCGGGUCCACGUGAGAAAGGCAUCCUGGAGAGUCAACAAUCCAAACAAACAAACCAGGAGAGUGAGAGCAGCAACGAGCCAAACCAAGGAGCUGUAAAGAAAAGAGCUCAGACAUCAAUAUGAGGCUCAGCUCAACAUUUCAUGGGGUGAUGACAUCAUGAUCAUUUUUUAAUUUUCAAUAUAUUUUCAAGAAUAGAAAACAAAAUAUUUUUCACUUUGUCAUUAU